AUUUUGUUACUGCAUCCGUAUGUUGGUGGGACGCUCUGGUCAACGUGAUGCGCGUAUGCCAACCGCGAUGCCCUUGCGCCAUAGUUGGUUUGCAACGAUACAGUUUCAAGACAUGUCAUCGCCCUGGUUCAUGUGUUAAUCAUCGGCCUUGAGCUUGAUGGAGGAUUCUAUUCGCAGUAGUCGGUUCAGAGCGCAAAGAUGACAGAAGAUGAAACCUGCGCUCGGUUCCAUGCUCACUUGAGCAUAUUUAGCACAUGGACAUCGUGCAGGUGGUCUUGUAACAAUGCGCUUGUGCUACGCGCGCGUUCGCGGCUCCACCUGCUCCAACUGCGAUGCUCUUGCACAACAACGGGGGACGACAACGGCAGCAACACCCUUUGUGUUCCCGUAUCCGAUGCUUCCCAUCCGCUGCGACUGCGCCAUUGUGUGUGUUGCGCGGCGAUCCUCCGGGACGACGAAUGUGACGAGAUCAGCACCCUCGAUGGAACGGUGCGCCCUCAGGGGGCGUUUACCAGCCCGGGCGUAUAUAAUGCAUGGGCUCUCCAGCUGGGUUGUUCCCUCAGAACAAUACCUUGUUCACAGUCCUCUGAGCCCGGUGCUAGAGUUUCUUUCCCUUUCUCCCUUCGCUGCUUACCACCUGCCUCUCGUCUCGUUCACGUCAUCCGUUUGCUCUCGACGCUUUCCACUCAUUGUAUCGUGUACUGUCCAUCCAUUCACGCUCCACUUCCACGUCCGUGCCAAUCCCUCCAUAAUCUUUCACCAUGAUCUCUGCGAAGUUUUCCACCUUCGUCUUCCUCGCCCUCGCGGCGUUCUCAGCGGCCGCCCCCGCCGACUUCCAGAAGCAGAACGCGCUCGACGCGCAGAAGCUCAACGCCAAGUUCGCGUCCCUCACCGCGGACUCGUCCUGCAAGGAGGGCGACCAGGCAUGCGUGAACGGCGGCUUCGCGCAGUGCGUGGGCGGCAAGUUCCAGGUGUCGGGCUGCUCCGCCGGCACGCAGUGCUUCGCGCUCCCCCUCGUCAACAAGCAGGGCACCUCCAUUGCCUGCGACAGCGCCGACGACGCCGCGGCGCGCAUGUCGGCCGCAGGCGUGUCUGGCGGCGUCGACGGCAAGGGCGGCAGCGGCUCGUCCUCCGGCUCGUCUGGGUCAUCGGGCUCGAGCGACUCGGGCUCGACUGACACUGGGGCGAACGCUACGGCCACCGAUGGCAGCGCUGGCUCGACUGCGACCGCCACGGACGGCUCCGCUGGCUCGACUGCUACGGCUACCGACGGGUCGUCCGACUCGACUGCGACGGACACCUCCAUUGCCUCCGCUACGGACACCGCCGUCGGCUCGACUGACACCUCGAUCGCUACGGCCACCGAUACCUCUGGCGCGGCUGGCUCGACUGACACUUCUGUCGCGACUGCCACGGACACCUCCGGUGCUGCUGGCUCCACAGACACUUCGGUUGCGACCGCGACCGACACUGGCGUUGGGGCGACUGACACGUCCAUUGCGACCGCCACGGACACUGGCGUCGGCUCCACCGACACGUCUGUCGCGACCGCUACGGACACCGGCGUCGGCUCCGGAGCGACUGCGACGGACUGCGCAGCCCAGCAGACAGUUACGGUGACCGUCACCGCCGGUGCGGGCAACGCCACUGCGACCGACACGAGCAUCGCGACCGCCACGGACACGUCUGGCGCUGCCGGCUCGACGGACACGAGCGUCGCGACCGCCACCGACACCUCCGGGGCCGCUGGCUCGACCGACACCUCCAUUGCCACGGCCACGGACACGUCUGGUGCUGCUGGCUCGACUGAUACGGCCGUCGCUACUGGGACCGACACCGCAGUCGGCUCGACCGACACGGGCAUCUCGACCGCCUCCGCCACGGACGGCAGCGCUGGCUCGACCGACACUGCCGUCGCGACUGGCACCGAUACCUCUGUUGCGACUGCGACCGACUCGACUGGGGCCGGGGCGACCGACACGAUCGUCGCGUCCAUUGCGACUGCCACUGGGUCCGCGACGGACGGCGCGUCCCUCCCGAGCUACACUGGGGCGUCGGAUAACGCGAGCUCUGGCUCGGAUUCGGGCUCUGGCGCAGACUCGGGCUCGUCCAAGCACCGCUCGAAGUUCGCUCUCAACCGCUUGUGAGCUGACCCGGCCCCUCGGGCUGUGAGUAGUGCCCUGGAGAGAGGGGGGACACGAUUGCGUUUCUGCACUUCGCUUCGCUGGACGGACGGACGGACGGACGGACGGACAUUUCACAUCGCGAUGUAUGGACACGUAUACGUACACGUACACCACCAUCGCCCGCACCCGCUACGCUGCCGAAGUGCUCUGGGGCGCGCGGGGCGGGUCGUUUUACGUCUUGUAGCUUAAGUUAUACCUUCGAAUGACAUGCGGACGCCCCAGAGCGUGGUCAGAAAGCGC